AUGGCGGGUUUCUUAAUACCGGAUCACUACGUAUACGUGAAGCCCAGCACUACCGAUCAAUUGGUCGCCAGUAUCAUCUGGGGCUUUACUCUCGCUGUUGGAAUCUUUGCGGGCCAAAAGGCGGGAAGGCAGACAUGGGAUCAGUGGAAGCGCACAGGACGGGCUAAGGCCUACGUCUGGAUGAUCUGGGCCGAAUGGUUGGCUUCGAUGUUGAUUGGAGUCUUGUCGUGGUGUUUUAUCCGAGGUUACAUUGCUCCCAGGAACACGAAACUGACUGGUCUCUUAGUGUGCGCCUGGGUUGUCCAAAUUCAAUGCAUUUGUGGAAUCAUCAUCAACCGAAUUUCUCUCCUUAUGGUCGACAGACGAAACGCCAUCAAGAUCCGAUGGAUAACUGCCAUUACCCUUGGCCUCAUCAACAUCAGUGUCUUUUGCAUUUGGAUUCCUUCUCAGCUGCAAAUCUCCCAGCGUUACCAUGAUAUCAACUACAUUUGGGAUCGCAUUGAGAAGGGUCUCUUCCUGGUCAUCGACGCAACACUGCACGGCUACUUCGUCUACCUGAUUCGUAUCAAGCUUAUCGCCAAUGGUCUUACCAAGUACCAGCCUCUGAUGCGAUACAAUCUUAUCAUGAUUAUUAUAUCCAUGAGUUUGGACGUUAUUCUCAUUGGCAGCAUGUCUAUCGGCAAUGGUUUCAUUUACGUGCAAUUCCACCCUCUUGUCUACAUGCUCAAGCUUCACAUUGAGAUGAACAUUUCCGCCCUUAUCGUGCGAGUUGUUCGUGCGACCGGAGAUCACAGCUCAUACCCCUCUGGUACCGAUCUGCGCUCCAAAGUCAGAGCCGCCGUCACGAACAAGAAGUCGGGCAACUCCAAUCGCACAGGUGGCACAGGAAAGGGCGCCAUGUUCUCGUCUACGGCGAGAAACUUGGAAGUGCGCAUCGACGCAGGCGGUCAGAUAACCGACAGCGAAAACAGACCCCAGCCAGCGGGUAUCACAAAGGUCACACAGACGCAUGUAACAGUCAUGCCCAAGCACGACGAGGAUGAUGCCAGCUCGCAGUCCUCAACGCGGCACCUGAAGGACCCUUACUCGUAUCCCUGA